AUACAACGAAUAACCAUAUCUAGAAAAAGCAAACGUUAAUUAAAACAUGCAUUAUAAAUUUCAAUUUUAAUAAUCUAAACUGCAAACAACUAAAUUGUGUAUUUAAAUUAUUUGUCAGUGUGAUUGGCAAUGACUUUAUUAUCAUAUUAUGAUUUAAAUCUAAAUACAAAGCUACUUUUACGAAUGAUAGUAGAGUUUUAAACGUAAUAGUCAUUUUACUUUUUCGAUACAAAUCAACAAUAUUUUUAAUAUUUUAUAUUAAUUACACUUACCUAUAAUAUACCUAUAAAAAUAUCAGCAAAUUAUUAUUAAAAUAAGAACAUGAACAAGUCUAGUAGAAUUGAUCCCUAUUUAAAUAUUAUAAAAUAUUUUUUAACUUGCACUGGACAAUGGCCCUAUCAAUUACCCAAGGAAAGAAUAAUUUAUCGUAUAGUUAGUCAAGGAAUAUGUAUAUUAAUUUUUGUGCCAGGCUUAAUAGCUUUGUAUGAUGUAAGACAUGAUUAUGCUACUUUUUCUGACUGUAUUCCUCCACUAUUUUCAGCAUUUCUUAGCUUUUGUUAUGCUAUAUGUUACAGCUUAAACAUUACAAAGAUAAAAUCUCUAACUGAUACCAUGAAACUUGAAUGGCAGUCAGUCGAAAAUUGCGAAACUGAGAUGGAAAUUGUAGAAAGAUCAGCCCAGAGAGGAAAAUACUUAAUAACUCUUUUUGCAAUUUACUCUUACAUAAGUUUAUUCAUUUAUGUGAUGAGUCCAUUGCUACCACAAGUGCUUAACCUUAUUUUACCUCUUAAUGAGUCAAGAGCAAAAAUUGCUGCUUUUCAUGUUAACUACGUUUUUAUCGAAAACGACGACUACUAUUAUUUAAUAUAUCUCCAUGUAAUGAUUUCUGCAUUUAUAAUAUUAACAAAUAUAAUAGGAAUAGACUUUAUCGUUCUUACUACUGUGCAACAUGCUUGCGGAAUGUUUCAACUUUUAGGAUACAGACUGGCAAACGUUAUAGACAAAAACUACAAAGUUAAUAACUCUGAUAUCAUUGAGGAGAACAAGAUCAACCAAAGAAUGGUCAGAUGUAUUCAACUAUAUAAUGGUAUACUUGAAUUUACAGAGAACAUAGAGCUCAGCUUUUCUAAUAUGUUCUUAAUCAUCUUUGGUAUUAACAUGGUAAUGAUAACUUUUCAAGGAGUACAGAUUGUCUUGAACUUAAAUAAUGCAACAGUUCUCAUCAGAUUUGGAACUUUUUUUUUGGGACAAAUUGUUCAUUUGUUUUAUAACUCCAUUCCUGGUCAAAUGUUAAUAGAUGAAAGUUCUAAAGUUUCUCAAUAUUGUUAUGAUUGCAAUUGGACUGAGAUGAGCACUAAAUCUCAGAAACUUCUAUUAUUUAUACUAUUAAGGACCUCCCACGAAUGUAAAAUAUCUGCUGGAAAAAUUUAUACAAUUUCAAUGGAAAACUACAGUUCAAGUUCAGUGAUUGCGGAAGCGGCGUUAGGAAUUAUUGGUUUUCAAAAGUUGGUAACGCUGUUCAUGAGUACUGCUGGUGGGGGAAGAUGUGCCUUAAAAUUUCUAAAAACAUCAUUUUCAUACUUAAGUGUUUUAUCUUCAUUAAAUUAAUAGAAAAAAUAUUUUAUUUCUUAUCUGAUUUUCAAAUUUUUGUGUCGGUAGGUAUACUAGGUAACAGUAGACAAAAGCAUCUGCUUUCGUUUACAAAGUGUAAUUAUGUUAAUGAAAUAAAAUAAAAACAGCAUUAUAA